AUGUCAUAACUUCCCUAAUAAGGAUAGGAAUCGAAGCCUCAUUCUAAUUUGCCUUAAUAAAAUAUUCCAUAAGGCUAGAAUCAGAAUCAGUUCAUACCUCAAUAAGGAAUUCCAAAUCAAAUUUUCCCUUAGGCUCAACCAUAAUAUGUGGUUCCUGCCUAAAAUUUAGGAAGAGCUCCAAUAAGUGGAUUUCCAGCAUAACAGCUUCCAUAUUAAUAGCAAUAAGGAUUAUAACCCUUGCCUCAAUCAUAGAUAAUAGGAUAAACUGGUGCUCCCUAUCAGACUGGUCCAGUGUAAUUAAGUUCACAUAUAUUGACUGAAUAAGCCAUAAAAGGAGAAUCGAGAAUUGAAUAUGUGCCAUAUGAGAGAGUAGUCACCGAAUAUGAGGAAGUGAGAAGGUAAGUGUAGGUGCCAAUAACACGAUAAAUAACUGAUUAUUAUGCGGUUUAAUAUGAAAUUGAAUAUAUUCCAUAAGUAAUAUAAGAAAAAUAAAUUGGUAAUAAUUUAUUAUUAACAAUAAGAAUAUGUACCAGUAGAAAGGAUCUAAGAGAGAACAGAAUAUUACACAGUAUAAAAAUAAAAUAUUUUGCCUGUAAGAAUAUCAAUUAUAAUUAAAGGCUCAGACAAAUCUAGCAUAAUCCUAAACUAUUCAAACUCAGAGAGUAUAACAACAGAUAGUGGUAAGAAUAUCUUAAUUUCCUAUUAGACUCAAUAAGCUCAACAAUAUGUGACAGUCGCUUAACAGCCCCAAGUUACCACCUAUUAGGCUCCUCCAAUUCAAACGACAGCAGUUCUACCACCACCUCCAGUUUAACAACCAAUAACAAGCACUUUGAUUUAACCUCCAAUUACUACAACAAUAUAACGACCACCUGUUGUAUAAAACACUGUAAUUCCAUAAACUCAGUUGGCUUCCACAUAUGUUCAAUAAUAGCCUGCUAUUGUCACAGGUUAAUUACAGUCAGUUCCAUAAACCAUUCAAACUGCAAGUGUUGUACCAUAAACAAUUUAAACAACCAGUGUUAUUCCAUAGACAAGAACUUUGAGCAAACCACCAACAACUAUCAUUCAACCAUAAACAACAAUACCUCAAGCAUCAAUUCCUUUGGCAACUACCACAGCUUUACCUGGUUAAUUAGCUUAAACUGCUGUGCCCUCAUCUAUUUAUAAGGACUUCCAAAGAUUGCCAGCCUAAGGGAAUUCACUUUACAGAAAAACUUUACCACCCAUCUAACCUGGAUAAUUAGCACAAACAGCCCCACCUAUAUAAGUAUAUUAUCCUUUAACAAUCAGGUUCCAACAUAACCUUAGUAACCAUAAAAGCCGGCCAAACAAGAUAAGGAUAAGACAUUCUUAGAAAGGCUUUUCGAGUGAAUUAUAAUAAAAAAAUGAAUAUAAUCAAUAAUAAUC